GCGAGAGAGAGAGAGAGAGAGCGCGAGAGAGAGAGCGUGUGAGAGGGAGCGCGCGCUCUGUAGUCAGCGUUUUACCGUCGGCGGGACCGGACAGACUUGUGCCGUUGUUAGUUAGUGUGGGCUGGCCGGUCGGUGCGCUUGUUUUAUUUGUUUUUCUCGCUUCGGUAAAAUGGGGUUCUGACAGCAAGCGGGCUGCGGGCGCCGCCGGGUCCUCCUGACCGGAAAAUGAAGCGUCUCUGUCGGAGGCUGGCGGUGGCCGUGGCGGUGCUGGUGUGGCUGGGAGCGCUGGUUUACCUGCUGGUGCUGAGCCGGAGGAGGCUGCCGGAGCUCGGUUCCGGAGCGGGAGCAGGGGGAGGAGGAGGAGUGGCGGGAGGCGGAGAGACAGCGUACAACCAGAUUUCAGAUGCAGAGUGGGAGGACAUGUUGGAGGGUUUUGAUGAGCGGAGUUACCUGAACGCUCGGCGCUGGAAGCCCGGCGAUGACCCGUACACCCUGUACGCCUUCAACCAGAGAGAGAGUGAACGCAUCCCCAGCAACCGAGCCCUGAGAGACACAAGACACUACAGGUGCACCACUCUUCACUACGACUCUGAUCUUCCUCCAACCUCUAUCAUCGUCACCUUCCACAACGAGGCCAGAUCCACCCUGCUGCGCACCAUCAGGAGUGUUUUAAAUCGAACUCCAGUUCAUCUCAUCCAUGAGAUCAUUCUGGUGGAUGACUUCAGCUACAAUGAAAGUGACUGCCAGCUUCUCACCAAACUGCCCAAAGUCAAAUGUCUUCGCAACAACAAGAGAGAAGGUCUGAUCAGGUCCAGGGUGCGGGGGGCCGAUGCUGCGAGGGCCGGGGUCCUUACCUUCCUGGACAGCCACUGUGAGGUCAACAAGGACUGGCUUCCCCCCCUCCUGCAGAGGAUCAAGCAGGACCCAACCCGUGUGGUCAGCCCUGUUAUUGACAUCAUCAACAUGGACACUUUUGCCUAUGUGGCAGCCUCAGCUGAUCUCCGUGGAGGCUUUGAUUGGAGUCUCCAUUUUAAGUGGGAGCAGCUGUCGCCGGAACAGAGGGCUCGCCGGAUCGACCCGACUCAGCCGAUCAAGACUCCCAUCAUCGCAGGCGGGCUCUUUGUGAUUGACAGGUCCUGGUUCAAUCACCUCGGCAAAUACGACACCGCCAUGGACAUCUGGGGCGGGGAGAACUUUGAGAUCUCGUUCCGAGUGUGGCAGUGUGGUGGCAGUCUGGAGAUCCUUCCCUGCAGCAGAGUGGGUCACGUCUUCAGGAAGAAACACCCGUACGUCUUCCCUGAGGGCAACGCCAACACCUAUAUCAAGAACACACGUCGCACAGCUGAGGUAUGGAUGGACGACUUCCGUCUCUUUUACUACUCUGCUCGACCUGCAGCUCGAGGGAAAUCCUACGGAGAUAUCGGAGGCAGAGUGGAACUUCGCAAGAAGCUCAAGUGCAAAUCCUUUAAGUGGUACUUGGACAACGUCUACCCAGAGCUCAAGGUCCCAGAUGACUCCGACUCUCAGUCUGGGGUGAUCAAACAGAGGCAGAACUGUCUGGAGUCUCGCAGGGUGGAGGGGCAGGAGCACCCCGUCCUCACACUGGUUCCGUGCGUAGGAACAGAGGGGGUCCCCGCCAUCAACCAGGAGUGGGUGUACACUCACGGGCAGCAGAUCCGUCAGCGGCAGCACUGUCUGUCUCUGUCCACCACCUUCCCUGCCUCCCAGGUCCUGCUGCUGCCCUGCAACAUGGCCGAUGGCAAGCAGCGGUGGCAGAAGUCGGGGACUCACUUGGAGCACCUCGUCUCUCGGUUCUGUCUGGACUCGGAGAUGGCUCUGGACGGGAUGGACUCUUCGCGAAUGCUGGUCAUCAGCCCCUGCGAACUGAGCGCAUACACACAGAGAUGGGAAGUCCCCUUCUCCUGACCCAACCCCCCCACCCUCGACCCUGUCACCUUUCACCUGCCAAUAGCCGCCCCCUGUCACCCAUUCUCCGCCUCAAGCACCCGGGCAGAGACAGCUGCUCGGACAGAGUGAAGAUGCAUGAGCACGUCAUGUCAAGGUGCCGCGUUGAACGGGAAGUCGAUGAACGCUUGCGGAGUUUUUAGAUGACUCGUCACUGUUUAUCAUGAAAAGAAAUCAAGUACUGAUCUUUGGCAGGAUCUGUGCUGGAUGGAAACGUUGCCAGUUUGGUGGAGAGUUAAACCAAGUGCACCUUAAAAAACCCGAACUGUUAAAGAUUUGAGUUGGACAGAAACUUUGCUUGGGGGAAAAAAAAAAAAAAAAAAAAAAA